ACUUCACCGCUUCCAACAAGAAAUGCCACUCCUUCACGAACAUGGCGUUUCACUAGUGGACUGUACACGGGCUUUUCGAUAUCAAAUUGAGGUUUAAACGGUGUGACGAGAGACAGACCUCGUUGCAACCUGAACAAGACACCGUAAGUACAGGUCAAAUCAGUGCAAGGAAAUCCAAGGAUAAGCAUACGUAGAAAAUCUACCCAGCCAUUUGUGACUACAGUAACUAGCCUCCUCAAAAACUACAUCUCCCAGCGUACCCUGCAGUGAGUCCAUGUGGGCGUGCGUGGACAUCCCCUCAGACUGGCAGAGCAGGCUGACAUAGCGGGGCCAGUGGGUGACAUUGUCCUCCAGCCGACGUUGGGGAUCGAGGGGACAUUCGGAGGGUGAAGGCGCUGCCUAUGCUCGUCUGGUGUGUGUGUGAGACUCGGAGCAUGGUGAGAGGCUGCGCUGGUUGCCAUGGAGCUACAGGAUAAGAAGCAGGAGGAGGGAGGAGCGGGGACCUUGGGCUUGUCCACUGGUCAGGCUCUGGGAACACUGAGGGACCAGCUCACCACCCUGCUUGACCAGCACCAGUCCACAGGCCGUGGCAAACAACCCACUGCACAGGAGCAGUGGGUGAAAAGCUUCCUUCACCAUGGCAACCGCCACUCCUGUCUCCAUUGGCCGGGAGCCGCCCUCACACUGCUGGUGGUGGUGGGGCUUCUCUGUUGUUAUGGCGACCAGCCGCACGGCAGUUCUGGGAUAGAGUUGGUGAACGCUGCAGCCCUCCUCAUGCUCUUCACGCUGAGCUUCAUGCUGAUUGGUCGACAGCAGAGGCUGAGGAGAACUGAGAUGGUGCACCGGCUCAACAGCAUCAUCAAUCAGCUCAACGGCUACCUGUCGGGCUGGGCAGAUUUGGGUGAGGGGAUGAGGUGGUCUCCCUCCCUUUACCCUGACCUGUACACCCCCUCCUCCCCCUCCUGGUCGCUCCACUGGACCUACCGCGACUCCAACCUGGUCAACCUGCCUGUGUCCCUACUGGUGGAGGGAGACGUCAUAGCACUACGGCCAGGACAGGAGACAUUCUCUUCUCUCAGAGGCAUCAAUGAUGACGAGCAUAUAGUUCUGGAGCCAGGGGACAUGUUCCCACCUCGUUCCCCCCCUCCCUCCCCCCGGGGGGACCAGAAGAGGGGUCCCCAGAGCCCCCAGCAACACCGCCUCUUCAGGGUGGUCCGCACGCCCAUCCUCGACAGCGUCAGGAACAGUCUGGACCUGGCUCUGUCUCGACCAAUCACAGCCCUGGAUAACGAGAGGUUCACCGUUCAGUCCAUCAUGGCCAAGUUCGCCUGCCCUAUUGUACUGAUGACGUUCUUGGUUGUGAAUACAGUGCGUUAUUUCUUUGACGCCCCUAGCCUCACUCCUGGACGCUUCAACUUCAUCCAGCUGCAGCUGAUGGGAGUGCUGCCCAUCCUUCCCCUGCUGUUUCCUGUUAUGUGGGUGCUGGUCAACACCUAUGGCGAGGCUAGCGUCUUGGCUGAGUCCAGCAGAGCUUCUCCUACUGGCCUGCUUGCUAAGUUCUCCGAGGACACUUUAAGCAGCUACACUGAAGUGGUGUCCUCCCAGGAGAUGCUGCGGUGUGUGUGGAGACACCUGCUGGGCGUGCUGAAGGGAGAAUCACAGACACUCUGCUAUACUUCCAGCCUGCUACACACACUUGGCUCUGUCACUGUGUUGUGUUGUGUAGAUAAACGGGGUGUAUUAUCCUGGCCUAACCCCAGUCCAGAGACAGUGCUGUUCUUUAGUGGUCGUGUGGAGCCGCCUCACAACGACAGUCAAGAAGACCUGCGAGACGACCUCUCUGUCAACUCAGAGGACCGGGACGAGACACUGGAGGGGGAGGCUCUGCUGUGUAUGCCAAUGAUGGAUGGGUAUGAGCCCAGCGAGACGUCACAUGACACUGGCUGUUCGCAAGCACGGGAGACACACACACGCACCAAACACCCCUCAGGAUCUAAUGUCAGCUUCAGCCACGACACUGAUGGAGGGGAUCAGGGCCCUGAACAGGAUAUGUCGGGUUGCUAUGACAACGAAGCGGAGGACUACGUGUGUGAUUACCACCUGGAGAUGUUGAGUCUGUCUCAGGACCAGCAGAACCCGGUGAGUAUCCAGUUCGACGAGCAGGGUUGGCAGUGCCACCUGCCCAGCCUCAAGCCCCUGGGCCUCAACAUCCUGCUCAACCUGUGCAACGCCAGCGUCACCCAGCAGCUCUGCCGCUUCUCCGACCACCUCAGUAACCUGGCGCUGCAGGAGAGCCACGGGGCCGUGCUGCCCGUCCACGUGCCCUGGGGACUGUGUGAGCUCUCCAGGCUUAUAGGGUUCACUCCCGGGGCGAGGGAGCUGUUUAAACAGGAGAACCACCUAGCUCUGUACCAGCUGCCCUGUGGGGAGAAGGCCAAGGAGUCUGUCCCUCGACGCCAACAUAACUUUACCAAGAGACAACCUCCCAUCAGCCACCUCAUCUCCCUCUUCAUCAGAGACUCCUCUUCCAAUAACGUCCAGAUGUUGUCUCACGGCUCAGCUGACCUCAUCCUGGAGGCCUGCACUGAUGUCUGGGACGGAACCGACAUCUACCCCCUCUCUGGCUCCGACAGGAAGAAGGUUCUGGACUUCUACCAACGGGCCUGUCUGUCGGGAUACUGCUCUGCUUUUGCCUACAAGCCCAUGCAGGUGUCUCUGUCCAACCAGCUCAAUGGGAAAUGUGUGGAGCUAGCCCCCGGACCCAACCUCUUCUCUGGGGUAGAACUGCCCUCCACCACCCCUAUCAAACAUGUCUCCCGCAGGAACUCCUGGAGCUCUGAUGAGGGUAUAGGAGGUGUGGAGAAGGACGACUGUGUUCAGGCUCUGAGUGGUCAGAUCUUCAUGGGGAUGGUGUCAUCACAGUUCCAGGCUCGUCUGGACACCGUCAGGCUCAUAGACGCUCUGGUCACCGCCUGCAUACGCUUCGUCUACUUCUCUAUGGAGGACGAACUACGCAGCAAGGUGUUUGCAGAGAAGAUGGGUCUGGAGACAGGGUGGAACUGUCAUAUCUCUCUGACCCCAAACAGAGACAGUCCCUGUGACGGCGCCCCCAACAGCCCCGGCCAGUACUCCGUACACGAUGAACAUCAAGACUCCAGAGAUGAGGCAGAGGGGCUGCUGUUACCAGAGGAGGAGACCACUGAUGUCCCCAGCUUCCUGGAGGACUGCAACCGGGCGAAGCUACCUCGUGGUAUCCACCAGGUUCGUCCUCACCUGAAGAACAUUGACAACGUGCCUCUGUUGGUGCCCCUCUUCACCGACUGUACCCCAGAGACCAUGUGUGAGAUGAUCAAGAUCAUGCAGGAGAACAGAGAAGUGACGUGCUGCCUGGGGAGCUCUGCUAACUUCCGCAACAGCUGCCUCUUUCUACAGAGUGACCUCAGCAUCGCCCUGGACCCCCUGUACCCGUCGCGGUGUUCGUGGGAGACGUUUGGCUACGCUACAGGGGCAGGGCUGAACGGGGAGGUGGAGGGUCUGUCUCCUCUCAGUCUGUCUGGUCAACUCAACACCCUGGCCUGUUCUGUCACCUUCCACCAGGGGGAGUCGGUCAGCAUGGUCAAACUCAUAGAACAGGCACGUCACACCACCUACAGCAUCCGCAAGAGUUUCCUGUUCCUGUUGCAGUGUCAGCUGACCCUGGUCCUCAUCCAGUUUCUGGCCUGCCUUGCCCAGCUCCCUCCUCCCAUGAACAUCACUGACAUCCUGUGGCUCUCCUGCUUCAGCUGUCCAUUGCUCAGUGUGUCAUUCUUAGGAAAGCCACCAGACAGUUCUGUGAUGAAUGUAGCCACAGGGAAGAACCAAGAUGCCAUCCCCAGAAAGACGCAGACCUACUUCCUGGGUUGUUUCCUGCUGAAGUUUGGCCUGACCGUGUGUGCCUACCUGCUAGGCUUUGGCUUCACGCUGCAUGAGGUCUGCCUGAGGACCAACAACCUUACACUGGCCGAUAACACCACCAUCAACUGUACUGAUAUCCUCAGGGUCAGUUCGGCUCGGGACGCUCCCCAUUGGUUCAGAGAGCUGUCCAACGGCCUGCUGCUCACUCAGAAGGUCAUGGCUGUGUUCCUGGCCCUGCACACCGUGGUCAUCUCGCUAAGUUACGUCCAUCGCUCCCAGCCUCUGUGGAAGAAGAACCCUUUCAGCAACACCUGGUGGUGCCUCACUGUCCUUGUAGUUCUGUUGGGUCAGAUGGUACAGGCCACGGUGGACUACAAGCUGUGGCAGGACAGGUCGAGUUCUUUGACCUUUGGCCUGAAGGACAUCCCCAUGCUGGCCUGGCUGUUGGUCUCCCUGUCCUGCCUGGUGGUGGUGCUGCUCAACGAGGCCGUCAAACUACACGAGAUACGGGUGAGGGUUCGCUACCAGAAGAGACAGAAGCUACAGUUUGAGACUAAACUAGGGAUGAACUCUCCCUUCUGAUUGACAAUUAACAGAAGGGCGUGUCAAAGCAUGCUGUGAACCAAUCAGCCCUCGGGGAAAGAUGAGGCACCAGAAUCUGGAGGAGGUCAAAGUUGGCCCUAACCACUGACACAGGGUCAGAUGGUUCUCAUCCCUCUGUUUGUUAGGAUUAUAGAAAGGGUUACCUGACUUUAGAUCUGUGGUUUAGGGGAACUUCUACCUUAAACCCAGAAUCAAUCAAACUCAUUGAGUGCCCAUUGACUUGAACCCAGGAUCACUCAACCCACCUCACCCCGAAAGCACUUUGCCUAGCAGGUCCUCCAAACCGCUACAUGUGCUGGGUGGUUGAACACUGCGAAAAUCCCUUCUUUUUUUAUUUUUUAGAUUUAAAUUAUAUUGUAUCAUUGUUAUGUUUAAAAAAAGAGGAAAAUCCCAAAGAAUGUUAUUUUCUUAUUUGCUUUUAAAAGAAAGACAGUUAAGAAAUGUGAAUAAUUUAUUAUCUCGUGGAAUGUUUUUCUUAACGCAUGGGGAAGGUUUUACUGUAUCCCCUACUUGAGUUUAGGGAAGGGGGUAUUUUCUCCUAGUCACUGGUCUGAUACUGGCUCACAUGGGGAUUAUCACACUUUAUCACACUUCAGCAUGUCUCCCCCUUUCACAUGAAUCCCAAUACCAUAGUAGAGUACAAUAGCCUUCACCUUGAAUGUAGUGUGUCAUUACAGCCACUUGCUGCUGUAUAUCUGAAUGCCCAAGCAGUGCUGAAAGGAUAGGAGAGAUGUAUCUAGUAACAUGGCCCAGAUUCUGGUCUGGGACAAUGUCCUGGUCCUAAAUCUGUCAAAUAAUUGGCAUUGAUAGACCUGAAAAGCCUGCCAUCAAGGUGAAGUCUGGAGUCCACAAUGUAGUGCUAACCCUGUGGAUUCACUUGACGCAGUUUCGGAAACGUUCUGUUGACCAUACUAAGGAUUUCUUAACAAGGCUACUCUUUAUAGCCCAGACUUCUAGCCAUGAAAUCAACGUGGCACGUUCUUAACCAGGAUCCAAGAAUAUCCCUUGCGAUUUUCCUUCCUAACAAAUGUUUCCUUUGUUUCAACCACACGAUCCGACUUCCGAGCCAAGGGCAAUCCUGCUCUAAUGCAAUAAGUAAUGAAGAUUCAUUUAAUUUACUCUAAACAAGUAAAAACCGAAUAUGUCUCUUUCUAGGUUAAUUGUAUUUUGAAGAAUGUGCUAGCCUGCCACUUUGAAACUCAUGUACUGUAAGAAAGGGAUUAGUUUAAUCAUCAAUCAUCCUAGACAGGUUUGAUCCUUGUGUACAUACUGUUUUUCCCACCAGAGUUCUACUGACUGUGGUCUACUCAAGCUAAUAAGGUUUCGUCAGUGGUUUUCUAGAUUAGAAUAGCCUCUAGAGUUCUAGAGCAUCCCAGGGUAUUCUGAAGGUGCUUCAUGUCAUCCAGUUGUCUUUUUACUGGCCUGUGUGCUUGUUUCUGCAUUCGACAACAACAAUGUGCAAGCUGACUUAGUCUGCGAUUCAAUCCGAUCACGCUUGUAGACAAUGCUCAAUUGGAAAUGGCCUAUGUCAAGCGCUGAACAGUGCUUUCGGAUUGAAUCCCGGCCUAAAAGCAGAAUUACUGAGACCCGCCAGGCUACCUGUCUGUGUUGGGUGAUCAUAUCGGUAGACCCAUUUCAACUCUACAAAUGAUGACUAGCUACAGAUUGAUCAGCCACAGCUGUUCUAUUUUCUUUGUUGUUGUAUGUUAUUUUUACAGCUUGACGUGUUGAUCUUCUUAUCCUUGUUUCCCAAAUGGCACCCUAUACACUUCGGUCUGGAGUUUUUCCCCCGCUUGUAUCACGAGGUCAGAAAAAAACUCCUGUGCCCCAGUCAAACUGUAUACAUCUGAUAAUGCGUGGUGCGCCCACACCUCUCGACUUCUCACCACGUGCUCUGUUAUUGGUUACCCCUCUCUGUUUUGAAUGUGGGCUACAGUGCACAUACGUUAUAUUGACAUGGGGUAGGAGCAGGGCCCAAGAUGGCAUAAAAACAUGGUGCCUACUUUAUUUUUUAUUAACAUCUCAGGAUCGGGCCUCGCACACUUGUGGUCUUCACAGGCUCCCUUUGGUUGGUGCGUACUUACUUUAAGUGACACUAUUUCACAGAAGAGUUGGUAGGUGCAUGGUCUGCUAGAUCUGUGUGUGAGGUAGAUAUCAUGUAAAAGCACUGGACUACUUAGAGAUCCUUGUUGAAUGAACAACGUAGCGAUCUUAAAAGAGAAAACAGACUGAAGAUGUUGGUUUUUGUACAAUAGAAUGCAUCCACACACUGCACAUAAGUACAUUUCAAUCCAUCCAAUGUUUUUCCCAUAUAUAUGACUGGACACAUCUACUCAUUCAAGGGGUUUCUUUAUUUAUACUAUGUUCUACAUUGUAGAAUAAUAGUGAACUUCAAACCUAUUAAAUAACACGCAUGGAAUCAUGUAGUAACCAAAAAAGUGUUACAUAUCAAAAUAUGUUUUAUAUUUGAGAUUCUUCAAAGUAGCCAACCUUUGCCUUGACAGCUUUGCACACUCUUGGUGUUCUCUCAACCAGCUUCAUGAGGAAUGCUUUUUCAACAGUCUUCAAUGAGUUCCCACAUAAUGAGCACUUGUUGGCUGCUUUUCCUUCACUCUGCAGUGCAACUCAUUUCUAACCAUCUCAAUUGGGGUUGAGGUUGGGGGAUUGUGGAGGCCAGGUCAUCUGAUGCAGCACUCCAUCACUCUUCUCCUUGGUAAAAUAGCCCUUACACCGCCUGGAGGUUUGUUGGGUCAUUGUCCUGUUGAAAAACAAAUUAUGGUCCCGCUAAGCACAAACCAGAUGGGAUGGUGUAUCGCUGCAGAAUGCUGUGGUAGCCAUGCUGGUUAAGUGUGCCUUGAAUUCUAAAUAAAUCACUUCGGUUCCCUGGGCACCGAAGACGCCAGCUCCCAACACCUCUCUGAUUCAGAGGGGUUGAAUUAAAUGCGGAAGACAUAUUUCAGUUGAAGGCAUCCCCCUUUCCUCCAUGCUUCACGGUGGGAACCACACAUGCGAAGGUCAUCUGUUCACCUACUCUGCGUCCCACAAAGACCAAAUAUCUUAACUUUGGACACAGACCAAAGGACAGAUUUCCACCGGUGCAUUGUUCGUGUUUCUUGGCCCAAGCAAGUCUCUUCUUAUUGGUGUCCAUUAGUAGUGGUUUCUUUACAGCAUUUCAACCAUGAAGGCGUGAUUCACACAGUCUCUGAACAAUUGAUGUUGACAUGUCUGUUACUUGACCCCCGUGAAGCAUUAAUUUGGGCUGCAAUCCGAGGUGCAGUUACCUCUAAUGAACGUAUCCUCUGCAGCAGAGGUAACUCUGGGUCUUCCUUUCCUCUGGCCGUCCUCAUGAGAGCCAGUUUCACCAUGGCGCUUUAUGGUUUUUGCGACUGCACUUGGAAGAAACGUUCAAAGUUCUUAAUCUUCCAUAUUGACUGACCUUCAUGUCUGUCAUUUCUCUGUCAUUUCUCUUUGCUUAUUUGAGCUGUUCUUGCCAUAAUAUGGACUUGGUCUUUUACCAAAUAAGGUUAUCUUCUGUAUACCAACCCUAACUUGUCACAACACAACUGAUUGGCACAAACGCAUUAAGAUGGAAAGAAAUUCCACAAAUUAACAAGGCACACCUGUUAAUUGAAAUACAUUCCAGGUGACUACCUCAUGAAGCUGGUUGAGAGAAUGCUAAGUGUGCAAAGCUGUCAAGACAAAGGGUGGCAACUUUGAAGGAUCUAAAAUAUAUUUUGAUUGGUUUAACACUUUGGUUAAAACUUGAUUCCGUAUUAGUUUGUCUUCACUUAUUUUACAAUGUAAAAAAAAAAAUAAAGCCCUUGAAUGAGUGUCCAAACUUUUGACUAGUUUUUUGUGUGUAUCUAAUAUAUAUAUUUCUCAUGUCAUUGCUUACAUGUAUGCAUAAAUAAGACCUUAUAGAUGUCAAGUCUUGGUCAUGAUAUGGUUUCAGUUUUUUUUAAUGUUUUCAGUUUGAGUAUGCAAUGUGAACUCAGUGGAGCUUGGCCUGCAGGUGUUUUUUUUCACUACACAGAUCGACCUAGACACCUUCUUACCACUCUUCUACGACCCAGCUCCAAAUUGACCCCUAGAUAUGUGUAGAUCUGAAAGGACUGGAUCAGUGAAGGCAAUACUGGCUGUAGGUGGAUUGGGGUGUUGUUGAAGGUAGGGGAUGUAGGUGGAUUGGGGGUGGUGUUGAAGGUACAGGAUUGGGGUGGGUAAACAGCAGUUUCGGUGGAACAACCAAGGCUCUGGAACUUUGUCCAUAUUAAAAUGCGUAAAGCUGAACCUUAUGUCAAUUGACUUGAAAUGUGAGACUUUUUGGUGAAUUGAUAAAUGUAUAUAUUUUUCAAGAUGUAUAAUUGUUUUUUUUGUGCAAAAAUGUCAUAUGAUAAUGUCAUAUGGUAUUUUUAAAUAAAUAUUUAUUCCACCUAACUAUGUAUUCCACAAAUGAAAAGCAUCCAAUGGCCUCUGAGGUACAAAAGGGAUGUUCUGUGCAGAAUUAAGGCAGGGUGCUUGAGGCUUAGAGAAGGACAUGUUGAGAACGACUAUAGAAAGCACUUAUUAAAAUGUCUUUGAAUAACAAUAUAUGGGAGAGCAACUAUUUAAUUUAAUUCAAAACUAGAUAGACUAGUAUUCUGACCCUAUAAAUCAGAGCUAUGGCUUUUACAGUACCAUAGUACAGUCAAAGACGUGCCUCUUCAUCUCUGAAACAGUACACAGACUAGACAGAAAUUGGUUAACAGCGGGUCAGUAACCAAAAGGUCACAGACUAGGUGAAGAAUCUGUUGUGCCGUUGAGCAAGGCACUAAUUGCUUCUAAAUUGCUCUGCGUCUGCUAAAUGACUCAAAUGUAAACCUCAGUGGCGACCUGUCAUUCAGGGCAGGUGGGGCAGAGAUUCCACAUUUUUGCAAAAACAAUAUUGGGCUUUUGCCUGUUUUGAAUGUUAUUUUUUUGCAUUAAUACGUGUCACAUCAAUUUACAAACAAUGUAUAAAAAAAUAUUGAGUUAAUAAAGCCGCAUACAAACAUGA